CAUCUGUUAUGAGCUCACUUGCUAGAGUUCUCUCUGCGUGGCUGUCUGCUAUUCUGUCUGAGAGUCUGAUUUUUUUCCAGUAAAGUUAUUCACAAAGGCCUUGGCCAUGCUUCCCCUCCUUGCCCCCCUCUUCCUGCUACAGCUUGUAGUUCUUACCUUUGUGAGUGGAGGAGCAUACUACGGUCACAAGCAGCAUCCUCAGCCAUACCAACCGAUGCAGCAUAUCCAACAUAUUGGCAUGGGCAAAGGUGGCUUUCCUCAGCAGCAGUACCUAGGCAAAGACAUGCCCUAUAUGCAGUAUCCCCAUUACAGCAAGGAGCUCCCACCAAUGCCCAUGCACAAGGGAAAGGAAAAUGCUCAUAAGGGGGGAGGCUACAAUGGUGGCAAAGACAAAGGCCAGACAAUUCCUAGUGGUGCUGAGGGAAUUCCCCAAGGAGAGCCAGGCCCUGCUGGGCCACCUGGGCCACUUGGACCAGAGGGACCUUCAGGACCUCCUGGGCCUCCAGGGAAUGGGUUGCCAGGACCUGCAGGACGGCCUGGACCUCCUGGUCCACCGGGAAUUCCAGGAGUUGGGAAACCAGGUUUUCCUGGGCUUCCUGGAAAACCUGGAGGAACUGGUAUUGUUGGCCCUCAAGGAGAAAUGGGCCCUAGGGGUGAAGAAGGGCCACCAGGACAGCCAGGGCCUCAAGGACCCCCAGGACCACCUGGACUUCCAGGAAUAGGUAAACCAGGUGUUCAAGGUUUACCAGGUCAAAUGGGGCCCAAAGGUGAGCCAGGUCACAAAGGUCUUCCAGGUUUACCAGGACUGCCAGGACCCAAAGGAGACAAAGGGAUGGGGCUGCCAGGACCACCUGGACACAAAGGGCUUCCAGGGCUCCCUGGGCCUGCUGGUCCAAGAGGAUUGCCUGGUUUUGGUAAACCUGGAUUGAAUGGCACACCAGGACCACAGGGACCAUCAGGGGAAAAGGGACAUCCAGGACAUCAAGGGCCAGCUGGACCACCAGGUGAAAAAGGACAGCCUGGCCCAGCAGGUCUACCUGGUCAAGGGAAGCCAGGUCAAAAUGGUCUACCAGGACAACCAGGCAUGCCAGGUGUGAAAGGUCUUCCAGGACCACCAGGUUUGCCAGGAAAGCCAGGAUUGCCAGGAUUUGGUAAACCGGGACUCCCAGGACCAAAGGGUGAUAAAGGUAUGAGUGGGCCACCUGGAUCACCUGGACCAAAGGGAGAUAAGGGUUACAGCGGUCUACCUGGUACGCCUGGACCUUCUGGACCAAAAGGUCCUGAAGGUCAUCCAGGCCCUACUGGACCCCCGGGGCCUACGGGUGCAUCUGGUCCUAAAGGAGAUUGUGGAGAAGAAGGACCUAAAGGUUUUGAUGGAGCUCAGGGUGAGCCUGGUCCUCAAGGGUUACCUGGAAAGGAUGGCCUGCCAGGAGACCAGGGAGAGCCAGGACCAAGAGGCCCACCAGGACCAAUUGGUGCCAAAGGAGACAUUGGACCUGAAGGUCUACCUGGUGUUCCUGGUUCUUCAGGACCUCCUGGUCCCAAAGGAGAAAGAGGGGAACCAGGUGAAGUGGGCCCCCAAGGCCCUAAAGGAAUCCCAGGAAUGGAUGGUGCAGCAGGACCAAUUGGGCCCCCUGGUCUUCAAGGACCAAAAGGAGAUUAUGGUCCUCCUGGUCCACCAGGCAUUGCAGUUGAAGGAGGUCCAGGUCUACCUGGUCCCAUAGGACCCCCAGGAAAAGAAGGCCCAUCAGGACCCCCUGGGCAACGAGGUCUGCCUGGCCCUCCUGGACCACCAGGUCCACCUGGAAUAACUAGUGUGUCACCUGAAAUGGCAGGAGUGCUUUCUGAGAUGGGCCCAAGACUAGACGGUGUUAAAGCUGGAAGUUAUGGCAAGAAGGGCAAGUAUGGAGGCAAUGGGGCAGAAGUAAUGGGUCCCAGUGGGCUGGAAAUGCCAGCAUUCACAGCUACAGCAAUGACUCCGUUUCCACCUGUCGGCACUCCAGUCAUCUUUGACAAGCUUUUGUACAAUGGUCGCCAAAACUACAACCCCCAGACAGGAAUUUUCACUUGUGAAGUACCUGGCAUUUAUUACUUUGCCUACCACAUUCAUUGCAAAGGAACUAAUGUCUGGGUCGCUUUAAUGAGAAACAAUGAGCCUGUAAUGUAUACAUAUGAUGAAUACAAAAAGGGUUUCCUAGACCAAGCAUCAGGGAGUGCAGUAUUACCUCUACAGCUAGGGGACACUGUGUAUAUUCAGCUGCCCUCAGAUCAGGCUUCAGGACUUUAUGCUGGACAGUACGUGCAUUCCUCCUUCACUGGGUACUUGUUAUAUCCAAUGUAAAACCACAAACUGCAGAGAGAGAGAGGCUUUGGUAAGAAGAACACAAGAGCUUAUUUUUAUAUGACAGAAAACACAGAUUACCUUACACUAAGUGUACUUUUAAUGCAAAGUCAGCAAGCAAAUAGUGUCAUCAACAGACAAGACAAGAUAAAAUAUUUUAAAGAAGAUAUUAAAUCUGGCAAAUUAAAUCUGUACGAAGCCAAAGAGAUGGUUUAAUUAGGAGAGCAAAAAUCUUUCUUUUACAGCACUGGAUGGUAUAAAAGAAUGUAAAAAAGGAAAAAAAACAGAAUUUAGAAAUGGCUACAAAGGUACUUUCAUGCGCAUAUUUCAAGAGUGGAAGUUAUUAGUAUAAACAUAGAAGGGAAGUAUAGGUAAAUGAGGUUAAAAAGAGAUGGUAUAAUGAUAGUCACACUGUUGCAGCUGUGUCAGAUUUGGUCCCUGUAUGUCUUUAAAAUUGGCAGCUACCCCAUGUGGCAACAUAUAAUGUGAAAGUAUAAAAUAGUAAGAUAGCAUUCAUUUCAACAGGAAAUAUAUUUUUUUGCAUGCAUAUAUUUGUAUAAUCAAUGACUUUUCUCUAGUGAUAACAAUAAGUAUGAAAACAAAAUCUCUUUCAAAUGAGAGUUCAGAUUGGAGCAAUGAAGUUUGCAUUACAGCAGUCUGUACAUUGCCAUGUUUUAUUUUUGUUUGUUUAUUUUUUAGAUAAAUAUAUUUCUAUUUGUGUUGGUAUCUACAUUGGGUUGCAGAGGACUAAACCUGGGGGUAAAGAUCAUUUUAAUUCUAAUGUUCAGUAGACUGGACUGUUAAGAACAAGACUUGAGUGAAGGAAUUGUAUGUAUAUGGGACGACUGGUACUGGUUGGUGAGCUGAAACAGCAGUUAGUGUACUCUUCUUUAGAAAGAUGCUACACAAUGCAUAGAUUGUCAAAAUUAAGUCAGUCAAUAACCUGAGUGUGUUGCUGGCUGAUUAUUGGUCUUGAGUGAGGUUUAAAUUUUAAGAAUGUAUCAUAAGUUUUAUUUUUCUGAGGUAGGUUUGUGGUUAUUGUGUUGUAUUAGAAUUGGAAAUAGGACACAGUUUUGCUCUGAUCUAUUAAAACCACUCAGUAUACUCUAAUAAAUAUUGGUACAUUAUCAUCCUAACAUUUCACACUUAACAAAAAUUCUUUACCACCAACUAAACAGUUGAAUUAUAUGUCAGUGUUACGUGAAAACAAACACAAAGUUGCAUGUUUACAGAUGGUUUAUAGUGCAAAACAAUACUCCACAGCCAAUCCCAUUGAUAUUAACAAGUCUCCGAACUGCAAGUUGCCGAGUCUUCCUUUAAAGUCAAAACCAGUGUUACCCGUUAAUAUUUUUAUUUACUGCUUUUACAUAAAAAUGAACUGAUUAUAUUCUUUGACUGUUUUGCAGGCCAUAUUAUUAUUUUUUCCACGGAAGCAUAUCACAGUGCAUUAUAGUUGUUGUGAGUAUAAUUACAAAUAAGAUGGCAGAAUAUGUGGAAAACAGUUUAUAGAUGUUUAAAAGAGCGA